CCAGUCGUCAAAUCGUCUUUAAACGUCUCCGAUUCAUUGCGUUAUUAACGUAAACGAGACACGUUGUCGUUUCACGUGCGUCCAGAUGUUCGUCAACCGCAAGAUCGGUUGACCCUUCUUUCUAAUCAGUCUUGUAACAUGGAUCAUCUCAUACGCUCAUCGUUUUGUGUCGGUUUUAACUUAAUUAAUUUACCUGAUUUGUGUUUUUUUGGGUGUAUCACAUCGUCUCUAGUUGUAUAAAUAACACAAAUAAAAUUACUUAGAUUUUUUUUAGAAUUUUUGGUGUUGAUGUUCGGUGUGAAUCCCACAAAUGGCCCAUAUUCACAACAUGUUUGCUUCAAUCUGUGUCCGAAAUGGGGACACACUUAUAAUAAACGACGACUGCUACGAAAUAUUACAAGAAAUCCUGAGGGAGCUUUUAACCGAAGACAGUACUUUAAGGACGUACAGAAGAGCCAUCGGUUUCGGGCAAAACAUCAAAAAGGACCUAAUCCCACUCCUCACGUACUUGAAAGACGAUGCGAAAGAAUCGACGAGAAUUAUCGAUACGAUUAUCAAAAUUUUGGUUAAUCUGACGAUUCCGAUCGAAUAUCUAUUGCCGCUAGAAGCCAUGUCUCAAACGGAUGUCGGGCGACACACCAUUUUUGAGCUCACUAAACUACUGACUAGCAGUAAGGAAGCUUUUACUGAUAGCAGAAGCACAAAACUGAUCAUGGAUCACGUCAAAUUUAUCGUCGAAAGCGACUUGGAGAUGAACUUGGAGUAUUGUGACAGCAUCAAUAAUUGUCUUCUACUUCUGCGGAACAUUCUCCACGUACCCGAAGUGAAAAGCGUCCAAAACAACGCUUUGACGCACUCCAGCAUGCAAAAUCAAAUCAUAUGGAACUUGUUCACACAAAGCAUCGAUAAAGUAAUCAUUUAUCUAAUUUCGUGUCCACAAAAAAUGUACUGGGGGGUGACAAUGGUCCAACUCAUCGCGCUCCUCUACAAGGACCAACACGUGGGGACCCUCCAAAAACUCCUCAACCUGUGGCUGGAAGCCUCCCUCAGCGAGAGCUCCGAAGACAACGAGAGCAACACCUCGCCCCCGGAGCAAGGCAGCGACGACUCCUCCCCCAUCAUCACCUCGGACCCCACCUCCGACUCAAGCGACGGUGGCGGAGGCAAAAGAAACAAAACUCUAAACUCGACCAAUCUGGAACGCAACAAGAAAACCCUGAUGAUGCGCGGCAAGUCCACCGAAACGGAGACGAGCACAAGCAGCGGCGUCUCGACGGCACACACCAGCAUAGACUCGGCCGACAGUCCCAAAAAUGACAAAGCCCCCUUGAAGAACAAAAGGGAAUGUCCCUCAUCGCAAAGCGAAGAUUUUGGGUACGUGACCCAAGUGGAGAACCAGGAGUCCAUCUCCACGUCCAGUAACGAGGAGGACCAACCCCAGCUGAAACCGGUGCACCAGAAGCCCCACACGUUUCAGAAAAGUCGCUACAAUACGGGGAAAAGUCGCGCCGCUACGGCGCUAGACAAGAAGGAGUUGCGCAGGAAGAAGUUGGUCAAGAGGAGUAAAACUAACACGAUCAACAUGAAGGGCCUGUUGCACCACCUGCCCACCGACGAGGACAUUGCGAACAUCCUCAAAGAGUUCACCGUGGAUUUCCUCCUCAAGGGUUACGGUAUCCUGGUGCAAGACCUCCACUCGCAAUUCCUCACAAAUAUCCACCUCCAAAUCGACACUUCUCACUUCUUCUGGCUCGUUACGUACUUCCUCAAAUUCGCUACGCAGUUAGAGUUAGACCUGGAACACGUCAGUCCCGUGUUAUCGCACGAAAUCCUCUCCUAUCUCGUCUUUCAAGGCGUUUGGAUUUACGAAGAGCUGGAAAUGAGCGGGAAAAUCCCCGAUUUUGACCUGAAACCGUGUCUGAGGAGGCUCCACUUGGUGGUGACGGCAAUUCGGGAGUUCCUUCAGGCCGUGGAGACGUACCAGAAAAUGAUUCACUUGAGUGAGGACGACCGGCUUGCGCUCUUGAAGCUCCAAAAUCAGAUCACCGAAAUGGAAGACUUGAGGUCACUGUUUUUGCUGUUGUUGAGACAGUACAAUCCCAACAUUCAAAGCAGACAGUACCUCCAGGAUCUGAUUUUGACAAAUCACAACUAUUUGUUGUUUUUGGAUUCAGCGACCAAAGAGCGACGCUCUUUUAAUAUGAUGGAACACCUCAAACAGUUCGCGACCGUCGAAAUUAUGAGACAGUACGGACUGUUGCUUGAGAGUUUCAAAGAGAACGGCGAAUUUGUCAAUAAUUGCAUUUUUACGAUGAUGCACCACAUCGGGGGCGACCUCGAGCACGUUGCCACGCUUUUCCAGCCGAGCAUCCUCAAAACGUUCUCCCUCAUUUGGGAAACCGACUACGAAAUUUGCGAUGACUGGUCCGAUUUAAUCGAAUACAUAAUCCACAAAUUUAUAAAUUCGCCACGUUCCAACUCUGAUUUAAACUCGUCAGAGACUUGCCACAAACUGGUCGUGGACGAAGCCGAGUGGACCGAAGAAGAGAAAGACAAUUUGCUGGGUUAUUACAACCAGAGUCAGUUUUCCAACGACACGAUCGCAAAUAUAACAAAAAAAUACGAGAAAUGUGGAGUUCGUCAAAAGACACAAUUAUCCAUAAUCCGGCAAUUGUUGGAACAAAACAUAAUCAACGAGAGCCAAUAUAACGACUUCAUCAAAGUGAAACAACAACCCGAUCGGUUGAAAGAAACCAAAAACAUUAUUCCGAACCAAAUGGACUUUGAAGAGACGCCAACUGAUGAAGGAAUUCGAAUUCUGCGCGAAUAUUUGUGCAAAGACAACAAAACAAAAUUCGUCUUGUGGCUCCAAAAGGUCCUAAUCAACACUUGUUACGUCAAGUUGGCUCUAGCAAACCCCGGGGAAUUCAACAACGACAAAGCUUUAGGUCAACCUGUCAUCUACUACUUUGCUCUACUGAAUUUGCCAAUCCCGGUGGUUCCCUGGACCGUCGACCAAACCGCCAUUUUGAAAUACCAGUCGUUUGUGCUACUUUUGCACAAGCUGGGUUUUUACUUACCCAUCGAUACUGGAAAAAUCUUCGUAACAAUCCCCAAUUUUUGGAACGCCGAACAUGUCUUCUCAAUGGCGCAGCAGCUGGGGCCUAUCGAUCCAGCGAAACUCAAUUUCGAUGUUGCGAUUUUUAAAGGGCGCAAUCGGCGCGAAUUGUUCAAACGCGAAAUUACCGAUAUUACGAAUUCCAUCCAGACGGGGAAGUUCUCAAUGAACGACUCGAAACAAACGCCGACGAUGGUCAGAUAUACGCCCUUACCGAAUUCGACUGAAUGGUUUCAAAACGAUAACUUCCAGUCGAGGGUACUUCCAAUCGCUGAUUUCGAAGUACCGAUUAAUAGUGCUCAUCCUCUUUCGAUAACGAUCCCGGGCCUCGAAGAGCUCACUUGUGACUUACCUCCCCCCGAAUUAAGUAUAGUUGACAAUCACGUGAUCAACGCAAACAUGGAAUGUUCCCCAAUUCACAGCGCGUGCGAGACCGCUUCGAUCGCUUCCGACUUGACCCGAAUGUGUGUAAGUGACGAAGAAGAGAAAACAAUUUUAGUUAUCGAACAAAAAUAAUUUUGGUGUGUUUGAGUUGCUUUGAAUGUGUUAAUUUUGGUACAUAAAUAACUGUUAUGUUGACUUUUUAUAUGUGACUAUUUAUUCCUUGUACUAAAUGUAAAUAAAAAUUAUUUUCGGACUAA